UUAUAUAUAUAUAUAUAUAUAUAUAUAAAGGCAGUUUCCGUAUAGUUGCAUCGAUCAGAAUCUCUUGAGAAAUGGAGACUUGUUGUUUUGCUAAAAAUGUCAUUUUUAUUUGGGUUUUGGCUAUCAUCGCUUUAUCCCCUUUGGCUUGUGUUAAAGCUGGAUGCACCAAAGAACAGACGAGAGCUCUCUUGGAGAUCAAAAACACCACAAAUGCUUCUUACCUUGUGGGCUGGGACGGAAGGGAUUGUUGUGAAACGAGCGGAAUCAUUUGUGACGGACCUGACGGUAUUCCUGGACCAGUUGUCGCAAUAUAUUUGGUAGGGAUCAACUACGCUUCAUCAAGAAGUACAUGGUAUCCAAAUGUAACCUUGUUCACCUUAUUUGAUGAACUCGAAGAACUAGUGCUGGAAGACAUGCAAAUUGAAGGAGGGCUCCAAGCUUUUUGCGAACUGAAGCGAUUAAAAUAUCUAUCCACUUUGGAUCUUAUGCAUAAUGGACUGGACGGCGUUAUUCCCUCUUGUCUUGGGAUGAUUGGAAACCUUCAACAUCUUACUCUAUCAAAUAAUCACCUUGAUCUUUCGGGUAAUCGCUUUCAUGGUAAUCUACCUCCAUCACUAUUCUCCAAACAAAGCAAGAUUCGGUCGUUUUUCGUUUCAGCCAAUCAAUUAGAUGGGGUUUUAUCAUUUUCUACUUUUGCCAAUGCUUCAAGUCUCCAAUACCUUGAUCUUUCAAGCAACUGCAAUUUGGAAAUUGAAACUGAAUCUCCCUCAUGGGUUCCAACCUUUCAGCUAAAUUAUCUAAACUUGGCGAAUUGCAGCCUCAACAAAAAGAAUGGUCACGUUCUCCCAAGCUUUAUCACCACCCAAGUUGCCUUGGAUUCUCUAGACUUGUCUCACAACUUAAUAGAGGGAAGCAUGCCUUGUCAGUUGCUAUUCAACACGAGUAUCAUAGGUUUAUCCUUGAGAAGUAACAAAAUUGAUGGUUCACUUUUUCUUGGUUGCUUUGCUAAUCGAACUUCAUCACUUCAAUUCUUCGACAUGUCAGAUAAUAAUGUCAAAGGUUCUCUUCCCGAAAAUAUUGGACAUCUUCUUCCAGACUUAUCCCAUGUUGACAUGUCCUUAAAUGCAUUAGAGGGCAUCAUUCCUUGGUCUUUUGGUAAUCUAUCUUUUGAAGCAUUAGACCUUUCUAAUAACAAGCUCUCAGGGACUAUACCGCAAAGUUUGACUAGAGAUGGCACCCUACUAGUAUAUCUAAAUCUAUCAAACAAUACAUUGGAAGGAGAAAUGCUCCCAAGGGACGCCAACAUGAUGGUCUUGGAGUGCUUGCAACUCAGCAGCAAUCAAUUUGAAGGAAUGAUCUCACCCGCAAUAUCAAACAGCCCCUCUCUGGUAAUCCUAGAUAUUCGAAACAAUAACUUGUCUGGUAAUAUUCCAAAGUGGUUGUAUGAUCAUCCUCGCUUGGUGCAAGUUCUUUUAAGUGGAAAUCGCUUUGAAGGUCACCUACUCCGGAGAAUGUGUCAAAUGGAAAGUUUGCAAGUUUUCGAUAUCUCUGAUAAUCAUAUUUCGGGAGGUAUUCCCUCCUGCCUUGAUAACAUUAUAUUAUGGAAGAAGAGUUCUCCAAGCUCUAAUGACUCAAACUCUUUCAUGGAAAAGGGUCCACUGUUUUCCCUGCCACCUCAAGCGAAUGUAGAGCCUCAAUUCGAAAUUAAAACGGAUUUGCGAGUCAAACAUGAGGUACUUGCUUACAAAGGUAUCCCACUCUCAAUGAUGACUAUAAUUGACAUGUCAUCAAACCAAUUGACAGGUAACAUUCCUUUUGAAAUGGGAGAAUUAUCGCAGCUUCGGUCCUUGAACUUGUCGAAUAAUUUUCUAACAGGCCCCAUUCCAAAUUCUUUUCAAAACUUGAAAAACAUGGAGAGCUUGGAUCUCUCCCACAACAAAUUGAGUGGGAGAAUCCCUUUUGAAUUUGUUAAAAUGACUUCUCUAUCAAUAUUUAGUGUUGCCUAUAACAAUCUUUCUGGAAGAGUCCCAUUUGAGUGGCAGUUCUUAACUUUCGAGUCGCAAUGCUAUGAUGGAAAUCCAGAUCUAUGUGGAGACCCUCUGCCGAGAAACUGCUCAACUACAAACCAACUUGAACCUGGACAUGAGGAAGAAAAGGAAGAGAGUAGAAUAAUCGAUAGCCCUUUAUUCUUCUAUGCAUUUGUUGCUGUCUCUUAUGCAUUCGGAUUUUGGGUUUUCUUUGGGAUCCUAAUCGUUAAAAAGAAUUGGAGGCAUAUCUAUUUUAGAGCUGUUGACAGAAUUAUUGAGUCAUGUUUUGAAAUGCUCUAUUGAUGAUUCACAACCAUAUAUAAAUAUAUACUUCAAAUUAAUACUUAUCUUCAAUAACGAUGUUGUAUUGCAAAGUGCUUCUAGCAUACACUUGGAAGUAGUUGUGUACAAGUUUCAAGGGUUCUAGAAUUUUAUUCUAGCCUGAAAUUUCAUUUUCAUGGGAAUUGUUGCACCUUAAAGAAUUUGAAAUCAAUUUAGCUUA